AUGCGCCGGCAGUAUCUUGGAGAAGGCAGGGAUUUGGUUCUGGUACGAGGAACGAAGUUUAACAUGGGCACGAUGCUCAACUGUGCUAUCACUGCGGGAGCACAUCCGGUUGGACACUGGGGCGCCUGCCAUGCUUCGCCACAGGAUGCAAAUGGGCCUUUGACAGGGGAUAUCAACAUCUCAGUGCACAUGCCCCGAUAUGCGUAUCCAUUUGGCAUCACCGUCACCAUCAACGGAGAACGUUUCUUCGACGAAGGCGAGCAUAACUUCAGUCAUACAUAUGCAAAGAUAGGGAAGAAAAUCGGCGACCAGCCGGGAGCAAAGGCCUUUCAGAUCUUCGACCAGACCACUUUGAAGCUCUUACCUAAGCGGUACGAGACGGCAAAGCCCAUAGAAGCUGAGAGCAUCCAGGAGUUGGCCAUCAAGAUGGGAGUCGACUUCAUGGGCUUACAGAAGACGAUCAAUUCGUUCAAUGCCACUUGUUCGGAUGACAGCAGCGCAUUCGAACCAACCAAGCUGGAUGGACUGUGCACCAAACCGUCUGAAAACUUGAGAUAUUCCAAGUCAAACUGGGCAUUGAAGAUCGAACAGAAACCAUUUGUGGCAUAUGCUAUUGCUUGUGGCAUAACAUUCACAUAUGGUGGGAUUGCCACAGAUGUCACUGCUUGA